CAGCACUUCACAACUCACUUGUGCAAGGUAAGGGCGCCAGCAGGAUUUGCGCAUGUUUUCUACAAGAAGGCUGCCAUUUGACGCGCUCAUGUUAUGUAGAAUGCUGAGAGCACUGCAUUCUUACAAGUAGGCAGCUGACACUCAUGAAGCCACCGUGAACUUGGGGUUGGACACCCUUGAUUGACUUUGGCGCUGAGGAGCAAGCAUGGCAGAGAAACAGAACAAGAAAGAGGAGCCAGUAGAAGAUGACAGUGCGACCAUCGACGAUGAGGUCGUGCUGAUCGAUUCUACGCUCGAUGACGACGCUGUUUCAGAGCCCAAUGUUUGCCAGUCUCGGGUAUGUUUUGCACUCAUACUUUGUGACCGUUGGAGCAACCGCUUGCUGAGGGCUUUUGAUCUGUUUUCGUACUCUUUGACCGUUGGAGCAACCGCUUGCUGAGGGCUUUUGAUCUGUUUUCAUACUCUUUGACCGUUGGAGCCACCGCUUGCUGAGGGCUUUUAUUCUGUUCUCAUACUCUUUGACCGUUUGGAGCAACCGCUUGCUGAGCAACCAACGCAAGAAGAUGGAUUGCGUUGAAAUUCACGCAAUGAAUGGAUGUAGUUUCUCGAACGUUCACCAUCUGCGUCAAACAUAGGUGGUGGGAAUAGAAAAAGAGGAGCCUUCGACACGAGUACUAUAACAUAGCUUACACGAUCUUCGAAUUCGGGAUCAGACAAACAAUUGAUUCAUGUAUGCCACUGGGAGCCUAUGGCCCAUGUGGGUUUGGCGUUCGAAAAGAAAACAUCAUGCACUCAUUAAGUCAAGAAGCUUGAGCUCAAGUGCAUGGCAAGC